AUGGACAAAGCAUUGACCCAGCUAUCGGAGACAUUGCGACAUCCAAGCGACCUGCAAACAAAGCUGGAGAGUGUAGAACGAUCUACAAAAGAAGCAUAUGAGCAUCAUGACCAAAACCUUACGGAGAUGAUAUCUAAGUGUUAUUCAAGUAUAUUAAAUAUAUCAAGGAGGAUAUAUGCAUUAGAAGAGCAUCUCAAUGAUUUUGUGGGGAGCAAGAACAAGAAUGUACAGGUUUUGAAGGACUUUUUUUCCCUUGUAAAAGAUUAUAGAUCAGUGAAGAUGAUAUGUUUAGCUCAUUCUAACCUAUGUAAAGUGAUUGAAUUUUCAGAUAGGUUGAAAGGGAUAGAAGACCCUGUGGUGACGGAGGAUAUUAUUGCAUACCACACCAAGGUAUAUGAUGCAGAGGAUUUUGGAUGCCAACUAGAUAUGUAUAAUUCUGACAUAUCCCAUGAUGACUAUAUCGAGGUUAGCAAGGCAUUGAACACGAUUGAGAAAAACUCAUUAGACUUCACUGCAAAGAUUCUUGAGAUCUGUGAAGAAUUUAUUGAGAAUCAUGAAGUCAUGGGCAAAGUAGUCCAGAUAGUUGAAAAAGAGGAAUCUCGGGAUGACCUAACAAGAAAGGUUCAAGAAGGAGAGAAUAGUGAAGACCCCGUGCUCAGAGAGCUUCACAAGAUGUAUAGAAUGUAUACUGCUAGGAAGCCGAAGAUGCUAAAAGAUAAGGUGAUUAAGUCGAUUGAGGUGUCUGUCAAAAGCAAGUUUGAUAAGCUAAGGGAUGAAGAAAUAUUUGUGAACAAGAUGGACUUUGUAUUGAACGACCUAUCCUUCAUAAAGGAGAACAUAAAGCUUAGCUUCUAUCCGUUCGAUGAUAUUCUUAUUUUAUAUCAUAACAAUCUGAAGCUUUUCCUUGAUGAGAAUACAGAAAGGUUAGAUGCUGGAGAAAUACUAGCCAUCAUCGAGUAUGUCGGUAACUAUUACAACACCAUUGAGUCUAAGUUCAAUAAAAUAGCCGAUGCACUGGGAAGGAGGCUCUUAAGCAACGAGACCGAACUUUUGGAGAAGUAUACCAGGACAGCCCAAGAAAAACUAAAGGAGUGGAUUAUGAACAUAAAUAGAAUUGAAAUUGAAAAGUUCUAUGCUAGAAACGAGGAGCUUUCUAGAGAUGAAGAAGAUAAGCUUAUAAGCCCUGGAUUUGUUAGUCUUCUUCAAAUAAUCAGGAUGCAAUUAGAGCCCAUUGCAUUCAAUAAGAGGAUUUUUGCUCAUAUAACAAGGACGAUCACAAAGUACUGCGAGGUGUUUAGGGAGAACCUUGUUGAGGCCAUGGAGAAGGACUUCAAGCCGUCCUGUGAAAUGAGCAGCAAGGCGGGGUAUGAAGACUUCUGUAUUAUGUUUGGAAACAGUGGCCUCAAGAUAACCCAGUACAUCACAUCUCUACCGUCAUAUCACAAUAACGAGGUUAAAGAGCUAGGGGACAUAUUUAUCGAUAUCUUGAAAGCCUCAAACACAUUCUUGUCUGAAUUUAUCAUAUAUGCAUGCCAGCCUGCAAUCGACAAAAUAUUCACUGAUGAGUGGUGUAGUGGAAAUGUUACAAAGGUUGUGCUUUUGACCUUACAGGAUUUUCUUUCUGACUACCAGAACACUAUGAGUGAAUAUUCAUUCAUCACAUUCAUCCAUGAACUUUCAACGUCUAUAGUAUUGGCCUAUAUGAAACAAUUGGGCAGAAAGCGGGCCAUAAUAGCUUCAGAAUGCAGUAAAGUCCUGAAGUCUGACCAUACAAAGCUUUAUGAGUUACUUAGCAACUAUGGAGACAAAGAAGAUGUAGGGACCUGCCUUUCUCCUAUUCUUAAGAUAAUUCCCCUAAUGGAAACAAGAAACGACGACCUCUUUAUUGUGGAGGUGAAGUCUUUGAAGCUUAUAUAUCCUGAUAUUAAGAAGGGUUUUAUCAAGACAAUAAUAAAGAAAAGGCAGGACCUGACUGAAGACCAGAAGAAGGCUCUUACAGAUAGACUUAAGGAAUGCUUUGCCGAUGAAGCCAGUAAGGAAAAGACAAUCUUCUCUCGACUGCUUAACUUGUAA